GGAAGGAACGAAGAUGGCGGAAUCGGAGAUGAGUGUCAGGUAGGCACAUAGCAACGAACUUUAGCUAACGUUUAGGUUAUUUUAACAGUUAGUAGAGUAAAAACAAGUUUGUGAGCACAUAUGUGAAAUGUUUUUAAAGUCUUACCAGCGAUAACAUUAAUGUUUGAUAUUUCUUCUAUUUGAGUGAUAGCACCACGCUACCUUAGCUUAGCAAGUGUUAGCAGUGAAAGAUUUGAAUGGCUUCAGUGUGCCAGCCGCAUGUCAACAACACAAAACUAUAACCCUGAAUAUUUGACUUACUUUAUGUCAAAUGACCUAACACCAGCUUCAGUUGCCGGGAAUGGUUAGUUGUCAAAAAUGCUGGAGGAUUUAAGAGUUUGAAGUCAGAGGACAAUGACUUACAGAGGCUCAGAGCAGCUGAAUGAGGAAUACUCUCUUCUGUAUUUUCACAACAUUAAAGCAGAUCCUAAAGACAACACUUUAAAAACAAGCCGAGUCAGUGCCCCUUGAAUAUGAGAUAUUAGUCAAAGUGAACUGAAUAUGAAAGAGGCACAGCCUUCUUGAUACAAUGUUGAGACCGUGGGGGUCCAUUAUACUGAGGGUCGUUGUUUUAAUAAUAAUAUCAUACCAGCAUCAGCACUUUCAAGACCAACGUGACUAUUAUGUUUCCUAAAUUCAUUGAAAAUAUAUUUAAGCCCUGGGUUUUCAUCCUUUUUUAAAAUAAUCAUAAUAACUUUAUUUUUUAUAGCACUUUUAAAAACAGAAGUUUACUAAGUGCUUUGACAAACAGUCAUACAGCACAUGAAAAUAUAAACAAAUAAAAAACUAAAGCUCAGUUAAAAACAAGGCCUCCAGUUGAAGGCCAAUUUCAUUUGCUAUAAGAAACCCAGAUAAUACAAGAACCCUACAACAAAAAAUGAGACCAUGAGGACCAAAAUAAAAACAUAAAACAGGUAAGAAAAAGAAAUGUAAUAAAAAGACAAGUAGAAAGCAGGAAACAGGAUAGUAAAUAUAAAAAGACAAUAUUAAUAAUGAUAAUAAAAUCUUAAUUAAAUUAUAAUGAUGGUAAUAGUAAUGACAAAAUGGAAUAACAAAAAUGAGCAAGAGAAAAAACAUAGUUUGACGGAUAUUCAAAAUUAAUUUUUGGCAAUAUUAACUAAAGUAAAUGUUUUUUCAUCUACAAUUAUUCAAUAAAAUGUUCACUUAUGUUCAGCAACUGUGUUUCUCAUUUGUAAAUAUGACAAACUUUUGGAUUUUGUCCAACACCUGGUGCUGUCACAGCAUUUCAACUCCUCUGAUAGUCGAUGUGUCAGCCAUUGCUUCGCUUAACUACACUUACUCUUCUCUUAGGAGCUGUCGAGAAUUAUGGACCAUUCUGCUGGGAAGGUCUGCAUUGCGAGAGCCGGUAUGUAUUCAUGUUAAAUAUAUUUAAAGCUCCUGAUUGGAAUGUAGGAUAUAUGAGGAUUUCGUCUGUGUAAAAGUGAUGUUUUUACCUCUAACAAGGGCUUUAAGCGCUGAUGUACAACUUUAUAUAAAAAGUGUCUUUAGAUUUGUUUUUCUGUUAUUGUUACACCACAAAUAAGUGAAAUAAUCAAGUGUUUUAUUUUAAAUUCCUGUUCUUAUUGUGUAAUGUUUGAUGGGUACAGGCUCAGAUAGAAGCAGAGCUGGACAGACACUGGAACCGGCUUCAUCAAGGACUCAGUUACUACAAGCCACCCAGGUAUGUUUAAGUUAUUAAAGCCUAAUAACCUGAAUGCAAAUGUUCUUAAAAUCUGUGGAGGUACGAUAAGUGUCAUUAUUACAUUUUAUAGCUCAUCCUCUGCUGAUAAAGUGAAGGAGAACAAAGAUGUUGCACAACCAUUGAAGGAUUUUGGUCUGAGGAUCAGUAAAUUAUUGGUAAGUCUUAAAAUGUAUGUUUGUCAUUUGGUGGUCCAAGCCAGGAUAAUUUGAUAACGAUUUCAUAUUUUGAUAAUGUUACAGGGUCUGGAUGAGCAGCAGAGUGUGCAGCUUUUACAGUGCUACUUACAGGAGGACUACAGAGGAACCCGAGAUUCAUUAAAGGUGUCUCGUCUUGCUUAUGUAUCUUUUGAUGGUGUUAGAAUUCUCCUAGUUAGUUUUGUGGUAUUAAAAUGAGGAUUUGAAAAAGGAAGAGAACAAUUAUAGAUUAUGAGGCAAUAUUUCAAUGACUGUGAUUCAGAUGAUGGCUAAUACAGUCUGCCACACAGGUUGUUCUCAAGGAUGAGCGACAAAGCCAGGCACUUCUGCUGAAGGUCAGUGCAUAAAUCAGCUGUUAUGUACUUUUUGUUCUUCAAAAUCAAUGAAUUGCCAUAUUUAAUCCAGAAAUUGUGCUUUUUUUCAUACAUACAUACUCACAGAUCGCUGACUAUUACUACAAUGAGCGCAUGUGUCUGCUCAGAUGUGUCCUGCUCCUGCUCACAUACUUCCAGGAUGAGAGACAUCCCUACAGGGUGAGGAAGCAAAAGGAUUUGAGUCAUGUCAAUAAUAAAAGUCUGCAUGUUGUUCCCUUUGUAAAAUCACUGUGGUUGUGUUUGUUCUUGUCCAGGCUGAGUACAGUAACUGUGUCAAUAAACUGGAGAAAGAUUUGGUGAGCAACUACCAGUCACAGUUUGAGAAGCUCUUCAAAGCAGAAGCACCAACAUGGGAAACUCACGGAAACCUGAUGGUGAUCAUUUGGUUCACAUUGGAUUCACAGUAUUAGUUAUCACUCAGAUUGUCUAUAGAUUUUAAAAUUUUUAUCAGUUUGAUUUGAAUCUCAUUAUUGCUGCUAGAACAUCUGUUUUUGUUUUUCAGACCGAGAGGCAAGUGUCUCUGUGGUUCCUUCAGUGUCUGCGGGAACAGGCUUUGCUGCUGGAGAUCAUCUUCCUUUAUUACGCCUAUUUUGAAAUGAGCCCAGCCGACCUGCUGAGCUUCACCAAGAUGUUUAAGGAACAGGGUUUUGGUUUACGGCAGACAAACAGACACCUGGUAAACAAAAGCAUGGACGCGCUGGUGGACCGCAUCGGGUACGAGCUCGCAUUGUGUGCAGUUUAUAGAAAUCAGAAAUCUUUAAUUAAACUAUCAUCUGAAAAAUCUCAACUAGAACUUUCACAUGUUGCAGUUGGAAUCCAUCUUAUUUAUAUAUCUGGCUAAUUGCUUGAUUGUGUCGUCUUUAAUUCCUCACCUGUUUCUCUGUCUUGCAGAUAUUUGAGUUCGCUCAUCUUGGUUGAAGGAAUGGACAUAGAUUUUCUGCAAAAAUGUGCUCUGGAAGACUGCACAGAGCAACAUCAGUUCUCCAGUGCUCCUGAUGUGAUCAAGGUCAGAUCAUAGUCUAAUAAGAGACAAAGCAGACAAAGAGACCAUAAUGUGACAUUGAAGCAAUUACACUGAACUAUGUAGUGCAUGCACAGGCUGAAUGAACUCAAUAAGGCUCAAGGCUGCAAGGCCUUUUGAGGAACAUUUCAACUCCAGUCAAGCAACGAUUCAUUUAACAUUGAUUUUAAACUGGAAAAUGUGAUUUGGGCUCCCAUUCAGGCAUCCAUAAUAUCUCCAUAUUCCCUCUAUUGUUCUUCCAGGAGAUGGAUCAGCUGCUGCUAACCUUUGGUGACAUCCCCCAUCACGCGCCGGUGCUGCUAGCCUGGGUCCUGCUGAGACACACUCUGCGGCCAGAUGAAACCAGCCCCGUGAUCAGGAAGAUAGGCAACACUGCCCUGCAGCUCGGGGUGUUCAAGUAUAUUUCAACCAUGCUGAAAGGUCUCGGAUCCUCUGGGAAUAAUGUAAGAGAACAACGACAGGCACAGGAAGUUUAAAACCACAGAAGUUUGUAACAAGUCAAAGAAAAGUGUGUGUUUCUGAUCAGGGGAGCUAAAGAUGAGAGUGAAAAUAUUGAAGCGUCCUAAGAGUUAAGAGAUUUACAAAGAUAUUUAUUCUGUGAGACUUAUAAUGCCAAAAUUGCUCACUGAAAAUAACACAGUAAAAAACUGUCACAUCAGAUGCACCAAAAGUCAUCAUUGAAACUCUUUCUUUCCAGUGCACAGCAAGCACAGCAAAGAUGUGCGUCUACGGCCUCCUCUCCUUUGUGAUCACUUCUUUUGAGGAGGAGAGCUUACAGGUAAAUAAGUCCAGUUUGUAUGUAUGUACACAUUAAACACUCCCCUCUUACACUCAUACCUGCUAUCUUUGCAAUGUGACAGACUGAUGGUGUGGCGACACAGUGCUCCCACCUGAUCGAUGCCGCCUGUGAAGUCCUCUCUGCUCCCAGUCUGGCUGAGGUCUUUUGGGAAAUGGUAAGAAAAUGCAAAACUGAGGAUACUCUCAGGAGAUAAACUGAACAGAAAAAACAGAUAUUUAUUAUAAUUUGUGUCUUAUUCCUUUUUUUUAAUCUAGAAACCCAACAUGGGUUUGGGAAUGAUCCUGGACAGUGCAGUUGGGAUGUUCCCUCAUAAGAUUGGACCGCUGUUACAGCUUCUUACGGCUCUUUUGUCGAACAAGUCCACCGUUAAAAAGGUAGAUUUUACAGAUGUGCUGAAGCAUACAAACUUCUCUUUGUGUCAUGUACAUUUAAGAACUUUAAAUUUAACUCUUUGACAGGUUUACAACUUUUUGGAUAAGAUGUCCUUCUACACACAAGUUUACAAACACAAGCCCAAUGAUAUCAUCUCCAAAGACGACGAGACGCUGUGGAGGAGACAAACACCGAAACUCCUCUACCCUCUCGGUUAGUGUUCUGGAGACGUUUACCUGCGUGACCAAGAAACAUUUUAAGAGUUUUUAUAUUCAUACCAUGUUCUCUGGACCAUCAGGUGCAGGUCAGACUAACCUGUGGAUGCCUCAGGGAGUGCUGGGUCAGGUGAUGAUCGGAGGUGAGCAGGGCUACGUGGUGCGCUGGGAUUACUCCUACAGCUCCUGGACGCUCUUCACAUGUGAAGUGGAGAUGCUGCUGCAUGUGGUCUCAACUGCAGGUACAUGAACUAAGGCUGCACGAUAUUGGAAAAAAAUAAUAUUGCGAUUUUUUCAACCCUGCGAUAUAUAUUGCGAUAUUAAAAAUACAGUAUUUUCACCAGAUGACCUGAACAGCACUUAAUGUUAUGCUGCACUGCUGAAAUCUUGAGGACAGUUAAUCUGCUCUGAUCUUACCUCUUUUUGUGAAUGUUAGUAGAACGGCUUCUGUCUGUCUCAGAGAUAUUUUUAGCUUUUAUUGUGCUGGGACGUUAUUGUGGCAACAGGUGAACACAGAAGACGUGUUUUGGUCGACAUCAUCCUUCUUUUAACCGAAAUAAUUCCAGAUAACUGACUUUCCUUUUCUUUUUGGCAACAAAUCUUCAUUUUCGGUGGUUUUCGCUUGUUCGUUGUUCAUUUUGCGAUCGUUGUUGUUGUUGUUAGCGGUGUUGUGCCGAGAAACGCAUGUCCUCCGAGAAUUGCAUGCACCUCGCAAAACGCGCACCGCUUAUAGUAGAGUGGUCCACGGAAAUGUACAAUUUAAAACCCAUACAGUUCUUAUUUGUUGGGCUUAAUAGUCAUGAGUAAAGUUCCGAAAGUAAUUCUCAGCGGACACACGUCUCCCUCCAUGUGCAGAACAUGUGCAGGGGUGGGUUUUCUCCUCCCUGAUUUUGAUUGACAGCUGGCAGGGUAGUCUGAUUGGCAACUGAGAAGUGAGUCUGAUUGGCAACUGAGUUAAGGACGAAGGCGAUUGGUGGAUCGCUGCACAGCACAUGCAGAGUCACAUGGAGUGUAUCUCAGUCGGUUACCCUUGAAAUUAAAUGAGUUCAUUCACCUCCAAUAUCGCAGGCUCUGCGAUGUGACUAUCGCACACACGUACAUCGCGAUGACGAUAGUCAAACGAUAUAUCGUUCAGGCCUAACAUGAACAGGCAAUCAUUUAUCCACAUAAGCAGACUGUAGACUACUUCAAGGAUAAAAGUGACGAUAUGCAAAUAUUUGGUCAAAAAAUUCUAUGGAAAAACUCAAACCAUCAAAGUGACUUGAAAUUUUUUUAACAUCUGAGGCUACUUUGGGUCUUCUGGACAUAAAAAAGAGACUGUCAUUAAGUAUUGAGAGUGAAGUAACAGUGAAAACAUUUAAUCAUAUUGAUAAUGACAGAAGAGAGGCUUAAAACAUAAACUAAAAAAAAUACUUGUUUGCAGGAUGAACUCAUCUAUAAGAGGAAAUUUGGCGUAAAAGGAGACAGAAAAUCUGUUUGUGUUUUAAAUCAUACCUUUUUUUUUCUUAAUUUUUCUUCUCUAGAUGUUUUAGCUCACUGUGCACGUGUGAAGCCCAUCCUGGAUCUGGUCCAUAAGAUCAUAAGCACAGACUGGACCGUGUCUGACUGUCUGCUGCCUCUUACUUCUCGUAUCUACAUGUUGCUGCAGAGGUAAACUGACUUCACAGAGAUUAUAAAUGUAAUAAAACACGGAUGUAGUCUCAGUGACUCCUCUCAUGGGUUUCCGAGGACACAUCAUAUAUUCUUACAACAAAUGUGUAUUUUGAAGUUUGCAAAGCUGCAGAUUUUUAGUAAAUAAACUGAAUUUAGAUUUCCUGGCUUAGAAACAAAAUAUCUGUGAUUCUAUAUUAGAGUUUGGUGAAACAUUUAGUUUUGGAAAUGUCAGCGAUUGAAGAUAAGAACCUGAAACCUGCAGGGUUUCGCUUCUCUGCAUCGACUUCAUUUUUCGGCACUGAUAGUAAUUUGUGUUUCGAAUCAGUUCAGUUCUUCCGCCAGUAAAAAAACAUCUCUAUUAAAAACAAACCUUGACGUUUUUCUUGUUUCUGUGUUUACCGUCUCAGGUUAACAUCAGUCAUCAACCCUCCUGUGGACGUGAUCGCCUCCUGUGUAAACUGUCUCUCUGUUCUGGCAGCAAGGAUGCCUGGAAAGGUGGGGUAUACUCGGCACUCUUAGAGUAACCAGUGAAUCAUAUAUAAAAGUCUCCUCACACACCUCCUUCAUGUGUCUCUCAUCUUUAAAUCUUCAGGUGUGGUCAAGUCUGCACCACACAGGUUUCCUCCCUUUUGCCUCCAACCCUCUGACGAACAUGGCUCAGUGUGUGAGGUAAAGUCAAGACUGAACUUUAUUCUUAUUAUGAAUUAAAUCAAAACUAUCAACUCAAAGACUAAAACUUUUUUUUUUUUCUAGUGCUGAAGGGAUGAAGGCAGGUAACUACGGCAACCUGCUGGUUCAGAUUGAGCAGCCGAGGGGGGAGUAUGCUGUGACCAUCGCCUUCCUCCGUCUCAUUACGACUCUGGUUAAGGUGACAGAUUUCCCCUUCAUGAACUCCAGUAUCAUCCCUGUUUGUAAAUGUGCUGCACUGACUGCUGCUUUAAUGCUAACAAUCUUUCUCUCUCUCUCUCUCUGUGAACUUCAGGGUCAGCUCGGCAGCACUCAGAACAAAGGCCUGAUCCCCUGUGUGCUGCUGGUGUUAAAGGAGAUGCUGCCCACCUACCACAAGUGGCGUUACAACACCUACGGAGUGAGGGAGAGGAUAGGUGAGAACUAUUUAAUAUCAACCUUUAUCAAACAGAAGAAACGCUCUCUGCAGCAUGAAUAAACUUUCUUUAUUUUAUCGAUGCAGGUUGUCUCAUUUUGGAGCUGAUUCAUGCCAUCCUUAAUCUGAGCCCAGAGGGGGAGGACCAGGGCAGGUAAAAAUACACCUGUUUGAGUUUAUUAAUUCAAAAACAAAAGUGUCAUUUUAAUUUAUUUAGCUGCACCUGAUCAUGAGCAAGCAUUAGCACCGCCUCUUAAAACAUUAAUUUACUCCUUUCUGUCCAUCCGCAGCACUCCCACCCUGCAGUCCCUCUGCAUCUACAGCUUGGCAAACACUGAGGCUGGUCAGGCGGUCGUGAAUAUCAUGGGAGUUGGAGUUGACACCAUAGAUGUGGUCCUGGCCGCUCAGCCCAGCAGGUGAAUUAAUCAGUUUCUGUCUUUUGUUUCUGCUUUUUUUGGUCAAACAUUUCAGCAGAAACUUUCUAUAUUUUUUUGACUGGGUGUAAGAUCAUGAUGAGAAGUUGAAAAGUAAGAUUUUCUCUCUGGUUCUGUCCAGCUGUGGCUCCGAGGGUCCCGGUCAAAUCCUCAUCCAGACCGUCAAACUGGCCUUCUCCGUCACCAACAACGUCAUCCGCCUGAAGCCGCCGUCUGACGUCGUGUCCCCUCUGGAGCAGGCGCUGACGCAACAUGGCGGCCAUGGCAACAAUCUCAUUGUAGUUCUAGCCAAGUAUAUUUAUCACAAACACGACCCGGCGCUGCCUCGUUUGGCAAUCCAGCUGCUGAAGCGGCUCGCCAUGGUAAGGAAUUCCAGCAUAAAUUCUCCUGUUUCAUUGGUUCGUCCUAAAAAAAAUUUUGGGGAUUUUUUUAACAUACGUUUUUUCUACAGGUGGCUCCCAUGUCAGUCUACGCCUGCCUUGGCAGCGACGCAGCAGCCAUUAGGGACGCGUUUCUCACUCGUCUGCAGAGUAAAACUGAAGACAUGAGGAUCAAGGUGAUGAUACUGGAGUUCCUGACCGUUGCUGUGGAGACGCAGCCUGGACUCAUAGAGCUUUUCCUUAAUCUGGAAGUCAAGGAUGGAACCGAGGGGUCAAAGGUAACAAUAUGUGCCUCAUCUCAAAGAACUCUGUCUUAACUUGCUGUUUCCAAACUUAAUCCUCUUAUUCGUUAUUUCCUGCAGGAGUUUCUCCUCGGGGAGUGGAGCUGCCUCCAUGUGGUGUUGGACCUGAUUGACUCCAAACAGCAGGGGAAGUACUGGUGUCCCCCGCUGCUGCACAGAGCCGCCCUGGCCUUCCUCCUCGCUCUUUGGCAGGAUCGCAGAGACAGCGCCAUCUCUGUCCUCCGAAAAAAGUACGCUCUUAAACGCAGACUGAAAAAUAAAGGAUAUUUACAGCAGGACUUUAUGGAUUGUGUUUAACCCGAAUGUUUCUUCACACAGAGAGAGGUUUUGGGAAAAUUUGACGACACCUCUCUUUGGGACUCUCACCCCACCUUCAGACACCACAGAGGUAUGUUUAUUGUUCCACUCCGUUGAAAAAUCACACAAGUUAUCAGAUCCCAACUGCACUAACUGAAGAAUCAUUGUUUCUCUCAGCCUUGCGUUUUAGAGACGUGCGCUUUUGUCAUGAAAAUCAUCGGUCUGGAGAUCUACUAUGUUGUCAGGUAAAUCAAACUGAUAAUAAAAGUGUCACCUCCAGUGUUUUCAUCUCGCAUAAUUACUCUGUUAUCUUGUAAUUGAGGUCAGAUUUCUCUGUGUUGUCGCAGCGGUUCCCUUGAGCAGUCUCUGAAGGACGGUCUGCAGAAGUUUGCCAAUGCACGGCGAUACGAGUACUGGUCUCAGUAUGUCAAGUCUCUGGUUUGUCAUGUGGCGGAGAUGGAGGAGGAAGGCAUCUGCUACUUCCCAGAAACUCAGAUGUUGAUCUCGGCCUGGAGGAUGCUGCUCAUCCUCUCCACGAGUCACGUAAGUUACAGUCAUGUCAUCUCACUUUGUCUCCUCUUUUGAGUCGCCUUUGUGUUUUUGCCCAAAGAGAGCUGGAUGCAGAUGGACCACAUGCUUUAUGUGUGUGUUCAGUCCGAGGUGAUGCAGCUGACGGAGGACUCGACCAAGCUAAAGCUUUUCAUGGAUGUUCUGGAUGGGACCAAAGCUUCUGUAAGUCAUCUGGACAACAUUUUACAACCAUUAAUCUCUUCUAAACCCAAACAGCUGUUUGAUUUCUCUUUUUUUUUUCCUUCUUCAGCUCACUACUCCCACAUCUGUGCCUUGUCUCCGUCUCGGGUCCAUGAUGGCCACUCUGCUGCUCAUCCUCCUCAAACAGUGGAAGAGGUGAAGAAUCAGGCAUCAGAGCACAGUUGAAACCACAUCCUGCGUAUUUUACCUCGGAUUAACUCUUCCUCUUGUUGUCUUUUUCUCUCCAGUGUGGUAGCCACAGCUCCUGACAUCCUGUCCCCGCUCUCCCUCAUCCUGGAGAGCGUCCUGCAGGCCGACCAGCAGAUGAUGGAGAGGACCAAAGCCAAAAUCUUCUCUGCGCUCAUUUCUGUGCUGCAGAUUCAGGGUAUGUGCGCUGUGAAUCCGGCGCGGUGAUGUUCUGCAGCUGGAGCUCUUUGUUGAUUUGAUCUUAUCCUCUGCUAGGCGGAGAUAUUUCCCAGCUGCCCCAGCUGCUGCUGUCUGUGUGUGAGACGGUGAAAGACGAAGCCCUGGUGCUCAUUGAUAACACUCGACACAUGAGACAGGCUGGAGAACCGCUGGUGGAGGACGAGGACAGCAUGGAGACAGACUCCCCCCGCAGCCAACAGAAGGACCAGAGAGACGGAGUGAGCAGACGCCCUUAAACCCGAACUCUGUCCUCAGAUCUGUCCUCUGGUUACGUUUGAGUAAGUGAUUUCAAGAACAAACAGCAGCAGUGUCAUCUUUUUUUUGUCGACUUUUAUCCUCCCUUAGGUGUGUGUGCUGGCCCUGCACUUAGCCAAGGAGCUGUGUCGCACCGAUGAGGAUGGCGAGCACUGGGUCUCCGUGAUGAGGAAGGUGCCGGUCCUCCCCUCUGUGCUCAGCGCUGUGGAGCUCAGUCUACGAUCCAAACACAACCUCUACUUCACUGAAGCCGCACUCCACCUUCUGCUAACGCUGGCCCGCACUCCACAGGUAAACCCUGAAGAGUCUGGUGUUAGUUUUCUAUAUUACACUGUUAAAAGUUUAACUAGGUGAAACUAAAGUAGGAGAUGUCUCUGACCACAUCCUCCAUCCUCCUCUUGGUUUUUCAUGGAUUUUAGUCGUUCUUUUUGCAGACUGAAGGAGAUCCAGCUGAGAUGUCAGAUGUUAAAGCUGUGUUUAUUUUUUGUCCUCCAGGGGGCAGCAGCUGUCGCAGGAGCAGGAGUCAUUCAGACUAUAUGUCUACCUCUCCUCAGUGUCUACGAGGUGUCUCCAAAUGGAACAUCACAGGUAAGUUAAGAAGAACGUUAGUGACACUCAGUGAGACUGAGACGAUUCAAUAACCUAACGUAUCGUCGUAUAUGUGCAGGGUUUCUCCAGAAAGUCCCAGGACUCUGCCUGCUGGCCUGGAGUGUACCGCCUCUGCAUGUCUUUAAUGGAGAGUCUCCUCAAAACUCUGAGAUACAACUUCAUCAAUGAAGCCCUGGACUUUGUGGGAGUCCAUCAGGAGCGGAUACUUCAGGUGACAAAGAGCUGGCUUUAGAGAUUUAGAGAUUCAUCACCAAACUUUUUCUACUUUUACUCUUGUAUAAAAAACUAAACAUUAGCAUCAGUCACAGCUGCACACUCACAUUUCCCUCCUCCUCCUCACAUCAGCUCCAAUUGGUUUAUCUUUUCUUUGACUCUCCAUCAAUCUUUAAUUUUGACCUUUCCCCCCCUGUGCUCAGUGUUUAAACGCAGUGCGGACGGUUCAGAGUCUGGCGUGUUUGGACGAGGCUGAUCAUACCGUCGGCUUCCUGCUGCAGCUCUCCAGCUUCUGUAAAGAGUGGCAGUUUCACCUUCCUAAACUGCUCCGAGAUGUUCAGGCAAGAAAGCUCCACAUCAUCGACUACAACGGCUUAACUUAUCCAGAUAAACUUGAGGAGUCUCUAAUGCCGAGUUUUUCUUUCUGUGCAGGUUAAUCUGUGUUAUCUGUGUCAGACCUGCACGUAUCUGCUCCACAGCAAGAAGAUGCUGCAUCACUACCUCCAGGUCAGAAACAAGCAUACUUGGUACACCUGCAGCAGCAUUGUUCCAGUCCUGCUGACCUGAUCGAUAAUUUGUUUUUAGGCGAAGAACGGAGAAGCGCUGCCUCCUGGUCACCUCCCCAGAACACAGCGCCCCCCGCAGACUCCGUCUAAAGAAGCAGCAGGUGGAGGAGAGAGAGAGGAGGCCGAACAGAAGGCUCUGAUGGCCGUGCAGUGUAGCCUCCUGAAGAUCCUCAGCAAGACUCUGGCGACUCUGCAGCACUUCACUCCAGACUGCUGCCAGAUCCUCCUGGACCAGGUUCAUGCUUCAUGUCUUCUUGAUAUUUCCACUUUUAUCCUGAUUAUUUGUGUCAAGCAGCAUCAUGUGAGUCUGCGUCACCUUAAAGCUUCAACAGAAACAGAGUAUAAAAGCUGAUUCUGAGUCUCUUUGUGGGUCAGAGUAUGGACUUAGCCGAGUACAGGACCCUGUUUGUGCUCAGCUUCACAACACCAGCUUUCGACCCCGAUGUGGCUCCAUCGUUCGGGACUCUGCUGGCCACCAUCAACGUGGCUCUGAGCAUGUUGAGCGAGGUAGAUAUCGAGUCUAAUCGUAAACAAGUGAUGCUGGAGUCAGCUGACAAUAGAUUGUAAAUCAUUUUUGAUUGUUUAUUUUUUUCAGAUGGAGAAAAAGAAAGAGCCAGUUUCCCUGAGCAUCGUCUCCCUGGCUUCAUCAGAGGAGAUCCAAGCUCUGAAGUGAGUUACUCAUUCAUUUCUGUUUGCAGCUCUAAACCCACCAAUUAACACAUUUGAUCUUGUAGAAGCCAGAAUCCAGUAAAUCUUUGUGCUCGGCUAAACUUGGUACAGAAUUAAUCUUUCUUUGGACGCAGAAGCCAAAACAGUGACUCCAAAAUGUGCGAAGACUUUUUCACGUCGAUGUUUUGCUGAAAAACAUCAAUAAUAUUUGUCGUGAUUGUUUUUUUCCUUUAGGUCUCUGCUGAUGUUCACCAUGGAGAACUGUUUCUACGUGCUGAUCUCUCAGGCUGUUCGCUGUCUCAAAGAUUCCUCCAUCCUCCCCCGAGACAAACAGAGGCUCAAACAGGAGCUCAGCUCUGAACUGGUAAGACGUUCAAGCUCUCUGCUGGUUUCAUUUACAGAGGGAUUAUUAGACUUAUAUUUUAGUCUUUAUAUUUUCCCUCUGAUCACUUCCUAGCAGCUUCAAAUUAUUUACAGUUCAACAAACUCUGGCUGCUGUCUUUGAAAACACCCUCAUUUCAGCCUCUGUCUUUAAGCUACUGUCCUUUUAAAGGGAUAUUCCGGCGUAAAAUUAAUUUAGAGUCAAACACACCACAGACAUAAGAAAACACAGUGAUAUCAUCAUAUUCCCAAAUGUCAUCAAUAACUAAUAGCUAUUGACUGAUAUUAAAAGCUUUUCUGUAUAUACACUAAAAAAAGGUGCUUCUUUUAACGGAUUCCUGCCUACCCCACCUUUAAGAGAAACUUCAGGUUCAGGAAACAUUAGUGCUCACAGUCUUGAACAACAAAAAGUAAAAUAAACUCUCUCUUUUCUUUCAUGUCAAACUAAAAUCUGAAUUCUUCGUCUUCCAUCUCUAGAGCACUCUCCUCUCCAGCCUGUCUCGACACUUCCGCCGGGGCUCUCCAUCGUCCCCUGCCAGCGGGAUCCUCCCCUCCACACAAUCCAAACCCCCCACACCGGGUUCCAAAGCGAGCCACGAAGGUCAGGAGCCGUUCAUCCAGCUGGUUCAGGCUUUUGUCAGACUUGUGCAGAGAUAGACAGACUGUAUAUUCAAAGUUUAAGGAACAGAUCUAAAUACAUCCCAAAAAUGGUUUUCUUACCCCGGUUGUAAAAAUGCAGAGAGAGGGUCUCUGUAGUGUGUUCUCAAAAACAAAGUUAUUACUGUAGCUGAAGUUAGCCUGAAGUUUGGACCUGGAGCGUGUUUAUUGUGACGUUUGGUGCCAUUUAUUUUUCAUGUGUCAUUUUGCCAAAUUUGAUUUUCUAACACAACCAAAGUGUUAACUGUAAAAGACCAAUGAGAAGCUGCCUGAUGGUCAAAACUAACAUGUGAUAUGAGGACAUCUGGGUGCUACUAAUCACUCACCGACUGGUUCACAGGCCUAGUUUUAUAGGUCACUGCAAGGUUAUAUAAAAAAAACCAGCUAGACACAUUUCAAGUGCUUCAAAAGAAAAUGACCUUUUAAAUAUAAUCAUUUCCUCUGAACUUACUAAAUGUAGAAAAUGUUCUUGUAUUUUUUCUAAUCUUCCUCACUAACUCUGUCUCAACUUUGCUAUUUUCUUACUUCUCUUCCUCCUUACACACAUUUCUAAGCAGCUGCCAAGAUUUGUACUUUAAAAAAGUGUAAGUUUAUGCUAAUAAAGGGACUUUUGUACCACA